ACCUUUUUUCAAAAAUCCCAAUCCCAUCCCAUCCCACAUUUCCACUUUUGGAAAUCAAAAAUCCCAGAAAGUGGGACCUUCCCACCAAAGUGGCAGCACUGAGUGGCGUACCCAACGGAUUGUGCGUUCCGCUCAACAGCCACAGACUGGGGGAUAAUGCACGAAGGGGCAGCAAUAAGGAGAUUCAAACAAUAUAUGAAAGAGGCAAACCUACAUACCAACUUUGAGAUACAUGGCGCUGGCUUGUAUGUUUGUCCUUCACAUGGAUAUUUGGCGGCAACCCCUGAUAGAAUUUUCAAAUGCGCUUGUCACGAAGAUGCUGUGAUGGAAAUGAAAUGUCCCUAUUCUCACAGGAAUAAUACUUUAGGCGAAGCUGCUACUCCCGAUACAAAGUUCUGUCUGACCGUAGACGACGAUGGAAUAUUACAACUAAAACGAUGUCAUCCCUACUUCUAUCAGAAGACGGAGUUCCAAUCACGUAAGGAAUGCUAGGACAUAAAACCGCAGAAAACUCUCAAGAUACAAACAUGGCCGCCACGCGCAAGGUGCGUUCGUAAAUCAGAAGGGGGUACGCGUUUCGCCCUUGCUCUAUAUCGUGGAAAGCGAUCGUGUACCACUAUACGUAUAUAUACACAGCAGACAACAGGCCCAAAGAAUCAAAAUUCAAACUUGACACGUGUGGUGAAUUGUUUAGUGACUUCAUAUACAAGUAGUUUUAAGUACAAUGUCUUCCAGGCCAAAGAGAAAAUGUAAAGCCACUAAUCCGCCUCUGUCAACAGUGUGUACAAGUUCAAAGGCUAUGGAUCCGGUAAGCAAUAACCCUUUGUCAGCUUUCAUGGAAGAGGAUCAGUCUAUGUCCCCCCAGCCUCUCAUCAAAGAUGAGUCGCAGGCUGAAGUGGGUGAGACAAAUGUUGCUGUCCGAGCAGCCACUGUUGAAUACAUAAUUGCUGCUGGCACGACUCAGGAAUGGAAAAUGACUGCGGAGAACCUUGCAGAGGAGAACUGUACCCUAAAGGACAAGGUUAAGCUGCUGGAAGAAGCCUUAGUGGCGCAAAAGGCAUCCUCUGACGAGAAAGUUACUUCCUUGGAGUUGGAGCUACAAAGAGUAACAAAUCUUCUGAGGGCAGUGGAAGUGUUUCCCGAAUUAGUGAGCAAGGCGAUGGCGGUGAUUGAAGCGGGUACGCACGCAGGUACGGAAGCGGGUACGCAAGCGGCUUCCCGAUCGUCUCCAGCUCCAUCGACGAACUCCCGCCAUGUCGACGAACAAACUAAUAAAUCAUCGGCUAAAGAAAGUGGCGACGAGGAAGAGGAAGACGAGGAUGAGGAGGAGGACGAGGACGCUUUUCAAGCUCUAAAGGUAAGUUCGCAGCAGACGCGUUUCCAAUAA